AUGCCAAGAGGUUCUUCGCAUAAAAAUGCAGGACUAUGUGUAAUAUGCAGCAAAGAUGAUAUUGGAGAAAGGUUUCUCAAACUGACAUCAAAUGUUUUGCCUAAAGCUAUGCAAAGUCAAGCUGUUUCGAAGUUAAAGCCAUUUAACAAAAAAGUAGACAUUUCCAAGCUAGAUGCUAUUGUUCAGGCGUGUGAUGAAUCUUUAGUAUCUCGAAAUAGUUAUUAUCGAUUGGCUGCUAUGGAACCCCAGCUUAUUCAUGAACACCAUGUUGCAAUACAAAGAAUAGAGAUAACAGAUCUAAUAAAUAAAAUGAUUAAGAUCGGAACUUUUAGUAUUGAUAAUAAUUUAAAUAGUCAACCUUGUAUUCAAGGUGAAGGAAUAGUGUUUGAUUAUAAAAUUGGAAAUGAUGCCUAUAGAUCAAUUAGAUCUAUCUUAACUGUACUUUUUUCUAUUUGGAAGCGAUCUUCACCUCUUACACUUAUCCCAGGAGACAUAAUUAAACUAAAACUUAGAGGUGAUGGCCACAAUGUUGGCUAG